AUGGGCCAGCUCGGUGACAUAUCGCCCGAGGGGAGCGUCGCCAUUGGGAUCAUUGUCGGCCUCCUGUCCACCUCAAUCCAAUCCCUUGGCCUUACCCUUCAGCGCAAAUCCCAUCUCAUUGAAGAUGCCAAAGAUCAACCAGAGACGCGACGUCCUGCUUAUAAGAGAAAGAAAUGGCAGCUGGGGAUGCUCAUGUUUGUCGUCUCCAAUGUGGUUGGUAGCACCAUUCAAAUCACUACUCUCCCCCUUCCCGUUCUGUCAACACUGCAAGCCUCAGGUUUGGUCUUCAACACUGCAUUUGCCACUAUUCUGCUAGGGGAACCUUUCACUCGCUUCUCCAUCGUUGGCACUGUUCUCACUUGUUCUGGCGCCGCCUUGAUAGCCACAUUCGGCGCUAUAGCAGAGCCCGCUCACAGUCUUGGUCAGCUCCUGGAACUGCUCAAUCAGCGCGAUUUUAUAAUUUGGAUGGUCGGCACUUUAAUCGUGGUGGUUGGGACAAUCCUGUUCGCCCAUUUGUUGAAGAUCUGGUCAUCUCACCAGCACAUCACCAAGAAUCUCUCGAAAUCAGAACGAACACGAACCGCAUCGCUUAUAAGCACAGGUGCCUCUCCCCGAAGGCCUUCUUUGCCUCAACUCACUAUCGCGCACUCACUUGCAGCUCAACUUCCUCCGCCUUUAAAGCUGCGUCUCAGUCGACUCCGGCUCAUCCGCGGCCUCAGUUAUGCUUUGAUCUCAGGCAUUCUUUCCGCUCAUUCACUUCUGGUCGCAAAAUCAGCUGUCGAACUCCUUGUAAGGACGAUUAUCGACCAUAACAACCAAUUCAACCGUUUUCAGUCAUGGCUAAUUCUGGUCGCCUUGUUGUUCUUCGCCUUGACACAGUUGUAUUACCUACAUCUGGGUCUUCUGUUUUGCAGCACUAGUGUACUAUACCCAUUUGUCUUCUGCAUUUACAAUAUCAUUGCGAUAUUAGAUGGUUUGAUAUACUUUCAGCAAGCCUCGAGGCUGAGUGCCCUUCAUGCUGGGUUUGUUGCCUUGGGGACCGUCAUUCUACUCUGUGGAGUGCUCGCCUUGUCCUGGAGAUUGGACGAUACGACCCCUGCAGAGGCAGCCCAUCAGGCUCUACCUCCACGAACGCCAUUAACACCCGGGAUGGGAUUGGUUCAAUCUCCCUCCGAAGAACGUGGUCCACUAUUUCCUUCAGGACACCGAAGGAGUUCGGCUUCCCCUUCGAGGCAAUCUAUCGAUGAGCAAACCCCACUCCUUGUCGGACGAGCUCGACCACCGACCUUGACGCUGCGCACCCCUUCAGAGACUAACUCUGAGGGUAUUUGGGCAGAGCUUGACGAUGAAGAAAGUCAGCAAGACUAUCUUGCAUCUCUUCCUCGCACGCCAUCUCCAUUUCUGACUCAUAAUUCCAAGACACGUCGACGGGGGAACUCUGCCUCCUCACAGGCCGUGUCGAUGGGGAGCCGGCGCAGCUCAUCUGGCUCAAAUACCCGGAAAGCCGAUAUGGAAAUCGGUGGUCUCGGGGAGCAGGCAGCAAACGGCGCAAAGCAAAGCCAGAGCAGUGCACCACAGCUACAAGCAAGCCGGUGGGAAGGUGAAGAUUCUACACAUGCGAGGAAACGAAGUACAUCUGUACGCUUCGCUAAUGACGAAGGUCAGAGUCACGACCAAAGGCCGAAUUCGCGUGAGGCAAGAGCAAGUCGAUACUAUCAGAGUGGUGGGACAAGCAGUGGCAGUAGAGGUUGGGUAGCGAACUGGCUUUCACUCAAGAAGGGGGAUCAGCAACAACGCCAACAAGAAGAACAGGAACAAGAACAAGAACAAGAAGAAGCAAAUAAAACCGAUCCUAAACUGGAAUCACCCGACAAUCGGUGA